AUGUGCGGGCACACCAGAUUAGAUAGGAUUCAGAAUGAAGUUAUUCUGGACAAGGUGGGUGUGGCCACUAUUGAGGACAGGAUGCGGGAAGCACAACUUAGAUGGUUUGGACAUGUUAAAUCAAAACUUGAAAUUCUUGGCUCUUAUGCUGAUGCUACUGAAGGACUACUAACACACGGAUGGAUAACGAAGAUUGAAAACCACGGUUGCUUUGUCCGCUUUUACAAUGGAGUACAAGGAUUUGCCCCUAGAUCUGAACUUGGACUAGAUCCGUGCUGUGAGAUAAGUUCCAUGUAUCACGUAGAACAAGUGGUGAAAUGUAGAGUUACCAGUUCUAAUCCGGCUUCACGACGUAUUAACCUCAGUUUGACAACAACACCCUCAAGGGUAUCUAGCAAUGAACUGGUCAAACCAGGAAAGGUUGUUUCCGGAGUGGUUGAGCGAGUAACUGCCGAUGCAGUUGUCGUAGAUGUUACUGCUCAGGGUCAUUUUAAGGGCACAAUCUCUCCUCAACACUUGGCUGAUCACACUGGCCAUGCUGAGUUGAUGAAGUCUGCCUUGAGGCCUGGGUAUGAGUUUGAUCAGCUUUUGGUUCUUGAUGUUGAGGGCAGCAAUUUAAUACUCUCUGCAAAACAUUCUCUUGCGACAUCAGCUCAGCAGCUUCCGCUGGAUGUUAGUCAAGUCCAUCUUAACUCUGUGCUGCAUGGGUAUAUUUGUAAUAUAAUUGAAAGUGGAGUCUUCAUUCGCUACCUUGGUCGUUUGACUGGUUUUUCUCCAAGGAACAGGGCUACUGAUGACAGAAGAUCUAGUCUUUCUGAAGUUUACCAGAUUGGACAGUCUGUCCGCUCUAACGUAGUUGAUGUUAGCAGUGAAACAAAUCGAAUUACAGUUUCUUUGAAGCAGUCGUCCUGCUCUUCAACAGAUGCAUCCUUUAUUCAAGAAUACUUCCUUGCGGAGGAGAAGAUUGCAAAGCUGCAGUCGGUGGACUCUGGAAGUUCUGAUUUAAGAUGGGUGGAAGAAUUUAAUCUUGGCAGCACUGUGAAGGGAAAAGUUCAUGAAAUAAAGGAAUUUGGUGUUGUAGUAAGCUUUCAGAAAUAUGAUGAUGUUUUUGGUUUUAUCUCCCACUAUCAGUUAGGUGGAAUCUCUGUGGAGACUGGCUCAAGUAUUCAGACCGCGGUACUUGAUGUUUCCAAGAUAGAACGCCUAGUGGAUCUGUCUUUGAAGCCAGCUUUUGUGAAUAAAUCAAAGAAAGAGACCACCAAUAAUCAAGCCCCGAAGAAACGCAAGAGGGAAGCACUUGGGGAAUUGGAAGUAAAUCAAACUGUAAAUGCAGUUGUGGAGAUUGUUAAAGAAAAUUACUUGGUGGUUUCACUACCAUCAUAUAAUAACACUCUUGGAUAUGCAUCACGGGCUGAUUACAACACUCAAAAUCUACCCCCUAAAUCAUUUGCCAAUGGAGAGAGUGUCAUUGCCACUGUUAUGGCCAUUCCCUCUCCUUCAACUAGUGGAAGAUUGCUGCUGCUGCUUAAAUCUAUUAGUGAAGCUAUUGAAACGUCGAGUUCCAAGAGGGCUAAAAAGAAAUCUAGUUAUAAUGCUGGAUCACUGGUUCAGGCGGAGAUUACUGAAAUAAGGCCACUUGAAUUGAGACUGAAAUUUGGGUCCGGUUUCCAUGGGAGGGUGCACAUAACGGAGGCAUCAGAUGACAAUCAUGCUGAAGCUCCAUUCAGUAACUUCAGAUUUGGGCAGACUCUUACUGCAAGGAUUAUUUCAAAGUUCAAUAUGUCAGAAAGUAUUAAGAGAGGCUAUCAGUGGGAGCUAUCCAUUAAACCAUCCACACUUGCAGGAUCUGGUGAAGUUGAACCCGUUGAGGAAUUCAAUUAUUCAACCGGCCAACACGUUACUGGCUUUGUGUACAAAGUUGACAAAGAAUGGGCUUGGCUAACGAUAUCUCGAGAUGUUAAGGCCCAGCUGCACGUCUUAGAUAGCUCAAGUGAGCCUAGUGAGCUAGAUGAAUUUCAGAAAAGGUUCUCUAUCGGCAGGUCUUUUUCCGCUUAUGUUUUAAGUGCUAAUAAGGAGAAGAAGUUGGUGCGCUUGAUUUCACGACCGCUGUUAGUUGACGUGGAAAGAUCUGCCCGUCAAAAAGAUGGCCCCCCUGAUCAUUCAAGUGAAAGUAUGGCAUUUCAUAUUCGUGAAGGCAGUGUUUUGGGUGGCAGGAUUUCCAAAAUCCUUCCAGGUGUUGGUGGGUUGCUUGUUCAGAUUGAUCCUCACCUAUAUGGUAAGGUUCAUUUCACUGAACUGACAGAUCCAGGGGUUGCUGAUCCGCUGUCUGGAUAUCAUGAAGGACAAUUUGUAAAGUGCAAAGUUCUGGAGACUACUCAUUCAGGCAAGGGCACUGUUCAUAUUGACCUCUCGCUGCAGUCUAUUUCACACAGAACCCAGGAUCAGAAGCUUGCUGUAAACAAUGACACUGUGAAUUUUCCUGGAUUGGUGGAGAAGAUAGAGGAUCUUCGUCCAAAUAUGGCGGUGCAGGCAUAUGUGAAAAAUGUUACACCGAAAGGAUGUUUCGUAAUGCUUUCACGCAAAGUUGAUGCAAAAGUUCUUCUCUCAAACUUGUCUGAUGGCUACGUUGAAAACCCGGAGAAAGAAUUCCCUGUUGGGAAACUUGUCGUUGGCAAGGUGGUGUCGGUGGAACCAUUGUCUAAGCGAGUUGAAGUCACUCUAAGGACAUCAAGUGCAGGCGGUGCUUCCAAGUCUGAUAAAGAUGCUCUAAGUAAUUUGACUGUUGGGGAUGUCAUAUCUGGCAGAGUUAAGCGAGUUGAACCGUAUGGCUUGUUUAUCAUAGUUGAUCAGACAAACAUGGUUGGAUUGUGCCAUGUUUCAGAGAUUUCUGACGAUCAUGUCAACAAUAUUGACUCUAGAUACAAAGCUGGAGAUAGAGUGAGGGCAAAGAUUUUGAAGGUGGAUAAGGAAAGACAUAGAAUAUCACUUGGGAUGAAGAAUUCAUAUUUUAAUGAUGCUACAAGUGGUGAAACAAAUACAAGGCACAGUUCUGGUUAUGCAGUGGAAGGAAAUGCUCUUUCCAGAGGUAUCGAGUCAACUCCUUCACCUGAGAGGAGCUCCCAAGAACGGGAGAAUCUUGACGGUGAAUCUGUAGAUGGGACGGACCUGUUCCUUGCUGAAGUUGAAUCUCGGGCAUCAGUACCACCAUUGGAGGUCCCACUUGAUGAUAUAGAAAAUUUGGAUGUGGGCGAUGUAGUUAAUCAAGACUCAGGUGAUGCUAGCAAUUUAGAUACUUCAGAUGAAAAGAACAAGAAACUUGCAGCAAAGAAAGCUAAAAGAUUGAGGGAGCAAGAAAUUAGAGCUGCUGAGGAAAGAUUACUAGAAAAAGAUAUUCCCAGAGAUGAAGAUGAGUUUGAGAAAUUAGUUAGAAGUUCCCCAAAUAGCAGCUUUGUCUGGAUAAAAUACAUGGCAUUUGUGCUGUCUUUGGCUGAUGUUGAGAAGGCACGCUCAAUUGCUGAACGGGCUUUGAGGACAAUAAACGUUCGAGAAGAGUCAGAGAAGCUGAAUGUUUGGGUUGCCUACUUUAAUUUAGAAAAUGAGUAUGGAAAUCCCCCACAGGAAGCUGUUGCAAAAGUGUUCCAAAGAGCAUUGCAGUAUUGUGAUCCCAAAAAGGUGCAUCUGGCCUUGCUAGGAAUGUAUGAGAGGACCGAGCAACACACACUCUCAGAUGAACUGCUUAACAAGAUGGUUAAGAAGUUCAAGCAUUCAUGCAAGGUUUGGCUCAGGCGGGUUCAAUGGCUAUUGAAACAAAGCCAAGAUGGAGUCCAGUCAGUGGUGAAUCGUGCUUUACUAAGUCUUCCUCCGCACAAGCAUAUUAAGUUUAUUUCACAGACAGCUAUUCUAGAGUUCAAGUGUGGGGUUCCUGACAGGGGUCGCUCCUUGUUUGAGAAAAUGCUUCGCGAGUAUCCCAAGAGAACUGACUUGUGGAGUGUUUAUCUUGAUCAAGAGAUUCGACUAGGAGAUGCGGAUGUGAUCCGUGCUUUAUUUGAAAGGGCAAUUACUCUUAGCCUUCCACCCAAAAAGAUGAAGUUCCUUUUUAAGAAGUAUCUUGAGUAUGAGAAGACGCUUGGUGAUGUCGAUCGUAUGGAGGCUGUGAAAAGAAAAGCAAUGGAAUAUGUUGAGAGCACUCUUGCUUAAUUAAACCAGCAGUCAUGUAGAUCUGAAUAUCAAGUAUAUGAGUCGUCGAUCAGUGCCGGAGAAGAGAUGUUCAUGGCAUGGCCUUGAAUUCUGUCCAUUGGUUGAAAUUCAGAGAUUUCCUUGAGGUUGAAAUUGUCUGAUUCUCAUGCAUUUUCGACAUACAAGCGCGACAAACAGUGGUUAGGUACUGCUGGAAGUAACGUUCCCAUCAGUAUAACCAACUUCUCUUGUAGGACCCACAAUUCAUCGAUUGAAAUACAGCAGUUAGGAGAUUGACAUGCAACAUGCUAGACAGCAGAGAAGCAUGUGUUCGUGCUGAUUUUCAAAAUGUCACACUAAUUUUGCAACUUAUAUAGGAAAAUUUUGGAACACUGAGGAAUUGUGGUGUAAAGAGAAUCUUAGUUUUAUGCAAGAGGAAUAUGCAAUUGUGUAGGUGCUUGUAUAAUUAUCAAUAUGAUUCAUGAUAAAAUUACUCAUUGUAUGGCAUAUUAACGUUAAAAUAUUUUGUGGGCAAUGCCAGUAAACAACUGUUGAUUCAUUGCCAUUUCCAGUUUAUAAAAGCUAAAAGCACGACAGUAUCUUUCA